UAUAGGGUUUAAUUAUAAAACUAUUAAGCCAAAGGAAAUUUGAUUUUUAGUCGAAGAGAUAUAUUAAAAACUGUUCAUGCACCAUUAACAAGUAGGGCCGAAUUCAAUUGUUGACCGUUGAUUUGUCAGAUUUUGACCUUUUGUGUUAUGAUCAGACGGUAGAUAAAUGAAAGUCCCCCACAUGAUGGGCGGUCUCUAUCAGAUAUCAUAAAUGUAUUCAUAAAUGAGUUCGUGAGUCUCUUCUGUAUGUAUUCCCUUUUGAUCAAUUAAACAAAUAUUAGUCUCAAACUUUAAGCUUUACUAUUAUAUGAGAUAUACACACAUAUAUAUAUAAAUAUAAAGCUCCCUUCCCCACUUACAAAGUAAGAGCCUGUUGGAUUUCAUGCUUGGUUUUCUCAUCAUCAUAUAUAUACAUACAUAGUUACACUUCUGGAAGAAAAUAAAAACUACUAUUUUAUUAAAAAAACUUCCCUAUCAGAAAAUAAUUUUCCAUAUCUUCUUAUCUCUGAAACAUAUUCACAAAGUUGUUCUAACCCAAUCUCCUCUUUUAUCAACUAUCCCUUCCAUACCUAUAUCUCUCUCUUUAGCUCUGCCAUAUUCCUAAUCCCAAUAAUCCCACAUCGACCCUGCACUAUCUGAUUUUCUCGUUUAUAGCAAAAGAAAUAAUUUUCUCGAGAUAUAUAUAUAUACCCAUGGACGUUGACAUGAUGAUGAAGUCAUCAUCAUCAUCAUCAGCCGCUGUAGGUGAUCACCAUCAUAAUAAUAACAACAGCCCCAAUCAAAACCAUCUCGACAUGAUAUCGAUCAUGAUGCAAAUGGAGAAACCCAGUCCCGAUUAUUGCGGUGGUGCUACUGCUUCAACUCCAACAUUUCUGGACAUGAAUUUCUCCGAAGGAACAACCUCAUCACCACCGCCGCCGCCGCAUCAUUCGUUAUAUCCUUCUUCAACCACACCAGGCGCUAUUUCAUUCCUCGGCGGUGGAAAUCAGAUUCAAGAACCGGUUACUCCACCGCCGUAUCAACAACCCAAUGCGGCACUCUCCGGCAGCGGCGUUGGUGGUAGAAUUAAUAAUAAUCCUUACGAGAAGAGAAACUCAAUGGCGGCGAUGAGAGAGAUGAUAUUUAGAAUAGCGGCGAUGCAACCGAUCCAUAUCGACCCGGAAUCGAUUAAACCGCCGAAAAGGCGCAACGUUAAGAUAUCUAAGGAUCCUCAGAGCGUGGCGGCGAGGCACCGUAGGGAGCGGAUUAGCGAAAGGAUUAGGAUUCUUCAGAGGCUUGUUCCCGGCGGGACUAAGAUGGAUACUGCUUCGAUGUUAGAUGAAGCCAUUCAUUACGUUAAGUUUUUGAAGAAGCAAGUUCAGACAUUGGAACAGGUCGGUCAAGCUACUACUAAUACUAAUAGGAGUAAUAAUUCCUCUGCCGGCGCAGUUGGUUUUCCGGGGACCCAUUUGGGUAAUUUGAAUUAUCCUGGUUUCUUUAAGGCUUGUCAGCCUUAUAAUUCUUCAAUGCCAGACCAAUCACUUCGUAUGCUUCGAUGAUAAUAACUACACCACUUAGUAGAGAUCGAUCCAAUGCGGCAGCCGAAUCAGUUACUAGUAUUGUUACCCAUUGUGUGGUUUUUAAUUAUAGUUUUUUUUGGGGGGAAAUGGUUGGGGAGGGGUUUUAUUGUAUUUGAAGUUGUUGUUUAUUUUAGUAUGUAUUAAUAUUAAUGAUGCUCAAGGAGGAUAAUAUUGUAAAGAAAAUGUUCAUCUUAAAUGUUAUUACAACUGAUUUUUAGUUUACAUUAUCAUGUAUUUGUUCUUGUUGUU